GGACGGACGACGGACAGGCAAGCCCUGGUGCCUGGUUGGUUCUUAUUUACAUGGCGUCUUUUUGAAGUGACAUUUGUAUGCGAGGAGUGCUGGCGAAUUUCAGAAUAUCUCUGCUGUUACCCAGAAAUUAGCUGAGUCUCGCAGCGGUUCGCGAUGGGCGGACAAAAGUUCCAGUAUGACGAGAGCGGUGGAACAUUUUUCUACUUCCUUAUCUCGUUUCUCGCUCUUCUUUUAAUCCCUGGAACUUAUUACUAUUGGCCACGUCGUCUCGUCGAAGAUCCCGAAAAGGCAAGGAAGUUAUGCCAGUGCGAUGGCUGCAAACGGAAAAGGAGAAUUAUGCAGAGCAGCGAGCCUUGGAAAGGAACCAAAAAUUUUUUCAAAAAAGUGGUCAUAAUUCUUGGCUGGGUUCUGCUGUUUCUCUUGGCCUACAAGGUUUCCCAAUUUGAUUACGAAAUGGCCAACUUUGACCCUUAUGACAUCCUUCAAGUUUCGUCUGGAGCAUCUCAAGCAGAUAUAAAAAAGGCGUACCGAAAAUUAUCUUUGAUUCUUCACCCUGACAAAGAGACUGGCAAUGAAAAGGCUUUCAUGAAGCUUAAUAAAGCAUACCAAGCGCUGACAGAUGAUGAGGCACGUAAAAACUGGGAAAAGUACGGCAACCCUGAUGGCCCAGGAGUCAUCAACUUUGGAAUUGCCCUACCUUCUUGGAUAGUUGAAAAAGAAAACUCUGUCUGGGUUUUGGGCCUGUACGCUUUGGUGUUCAUGAUCGCCCUCCCCACCGUUGUGGGAAUGUGGUGGUACAGAUCGAUUCGCUACUCGGGAGAUCAGGUGUUGCUUGACACACAGCAGCUUUACUACUACUUCUUCCACAAGACGCCUGCCAUGCCUCUCAAGCGGGCGUUGAUGAUAUUGGCUGCGUCUUUGGAGUAUGACAAAAAGCACAACAAUGAGGUGCAGGAACGACCGUCGGACAACGUUGAAAUACCGCAGCUGAUUCGUCAGAUUCCCAACUUGAAUGAGAAGACCCGAGAGCGUCCCUUGAGCGAUGCAUAUUCAUUGAAGGCCCGAGCAUUGAUUUUUGCUCACAUGAGCCGAAUGCACCUACCUGAAAAAACGUUGGAGAUUGACCGACAGUACAUCGUCAAAAAGUGUCCGUACCUCAUUCAGGAGAUGGUCAAUUGCGUCUCCCAACUCAUAUUGCUUGCUUACGCUAGAAGAAUAAACAUGCUCCCGAAAAUCGAGACCAUCGAAAACGUGAUGAAGCUCAGUCCCAUGAUAGUGCAAGGUCUGUGGGAAAUUAAAAGUCCACUUCUGCAGCUGCCGCACAUCCAGGAGGAAAACUUGAAAUGGUUUUCAUCAAAAAAGAGGCACAUUAAGAACUUGCAGCAACUGGCCCAAUUACCAGCUGAUGACCGACGGGCUUUGCUAAAGAGUAUUCCAGACGAGCAUUACGAGGACAUUAUGAAAGUUUUAGGAAAUAUGCCAUACAUAGAUUUCCAAGUCAGAUGUGAAGUCAUAGAUGAUGAAGAGCCAACUGUUUACACAGCAGGAGCAAUUGUGACUGUGACAGUAAUUUUGGAGCGUAAAAACAUGUCAGUACUUUUUGGUGAUGAAUCAGCCCCAGACAAGACUGCCGAUGAGUCAAAAGAAGAGGUGGACGAAGAUGCUGAAAAGAAAGAGGAUGCCAACCAGACUAAGAAGCCACCUGCGUGGCAAAAGCAGAAGAAAGGCAAGAAGAGCAGUAAAAAGGGUGCCAAGAAGUCUGUUGUGAGCUCAAGUAAGCCUGCAGCACCAGCAGCAGCACCACCAACUACAACCACACCAACCUCAAAUUCAGUCGGUAAAAAAUCUUUAGAGAAAGUCGAAGAGGACAAGAGUUCGGAGAAAGCUGAGGCUUCGGCAGAUCCAGAUGAGAGUGAGUUGUCAGACGAUGACGCUGAGCAAUCAGAUGACAGUGAAGGAGAACAAGUGAAUGAAAAGAGCAACAAGAAAUCAACAGUUGAAGAUGACGAUGUCGAGUGGGAAAAGUUCCAAAACAAACUAGCCAAACGAGAAAAAGUCCUUGAGGGUCGCAGCAAAACUUCGCAUAGUGUUCACUGUCCUCUAUACCCAGAUGACAAGCAAGAGUACUGGUGGGUCUACAUAAGUGACAGAAAAAGCCACACACUGCUGACAGCACCGUACCACGUCACGGCUUUGGUUGAUACAGAAGAGAUUCAGUUAAAGUUCACAGCUCCUAGGUGGCCUGGUGUCUACACCUUUGCUGUUUGCUUACGAUCAGACUCUUACCUGGGAUUUGACCAGCUCCAUGACAUAAAACUUGAUGUUAAGGAGGCGCCAGAGGAAAUUACAGACCAUCCUCAAUGGGACUUCCCUGAGGGAGAAGAGGCUCAAGAGGGCGAGGGAAGUGACCUUUCCGAAUUCACGACAGACGAAGACGUGGAGGACGACGAAGAGUGAAAAGAGAAAGUGUACGUGUGCCUGUCUGGAUCGUGCUCAUCUCUCGAUUGGUUCUGCGAAAAAGUUAUUCAUUUGUUUGUUGAAUACCAAGGUUUUAAAUGUAAAAAUGAAUGUGUAACCAAAUUUACGCUGUUAAUGUUUCAUCUUAUAUUAUUACGAAGAGAAAUAAUUUAUUGUGAGGUUGACAGGAAGAUUUAGGCGAGAUUGAUGUUUUGGGUUUAAAAAUAUAUUGAACUAAGGGGUGUGUCACGCACAGUAGACCAAUUAAACAAAUUUUCCUUUCGUA